AUGAAUCUAUUAAGCAGCAAUGUAUUCGAUCCAGACAAGGAUAUUCCUGAUCUCAGUGGCAAGGUCUUCAUUGUAACAGGUGGAUCUGCCGGUAUUGGAUUUGGAAUAUGUGCACACUUAUUGCAACACAAUCCUGAGAAGAUCUAUCUACUCUCCAACAAAGAAGAUCAUGCGGAUGAGUCUAUUCAAAAGCUUGGCGAAUGGGGCGAUGCCUCUAAAGUCGAAUGGAAAAAGUGUAAUCUGGAGGAUCUGGAGCAGACCAAAGAAAUCGCUGAGGAACUGAAACAGCUUCCAAAGAUUGACGCCCUGAUUUGCAACGCUGGAUUAGGAGUCGGCGUUUAUAACGAAUCAAGAGACGGCAUUGAUACUCACAUGCAGGUCAACGUCUUUGCGCAAAAUCUGCUAUUGAUGAUCCUCUUGCCAGUACUACUCAAGACGCCAGACUCGAGGAUUGUACUACAGUCUUCUGAAAAUCACCGUGUCGUUUCUUCAGAGACAUACUACAAGGACAUGGAGGAGAUCAACAAAGAUAUUGGCCCGACUUUCCUUUACAACCGCACCAAAUUGGCUCAAAUAUUAUUCGCUCGUAGGCUUGUCAAGCACUUGAAAGCCCAAGGAAAAGGGGAAUCCGUCUGGAUCAACUCUACACACCCAGGAGGUGUCUCAACCGAUCAACCACAUCAAGCUGAAGAAGCUUAUGGUCUGCUUGGAAAAGUUGGAGUCGCUGUUGUUCGACCCUUCCUCGCUGAUCCCGUCAAACAAGGCUGCAAGUCUGCACUGUACGCUGCAACUAGUCCGGAGAUUAUCGAGAAGAAAAUUCAAGGAUCGUACAUUAUUCCGGAUAAGAAGGUCACGGAACCAUCGAGUAAUGCGUUGAAUGACGAGCUUGCUGAGAAUUUGUGGAAGUUGAAUGAGGAUGUCUUGAGGAAGAAGUUUGGGAAGUUGCCGUAUUGA